GAGAGAUAUUGCUGCUAACUGCUGCUCGUCGUCUGCAACGGCGACCAUCAGCUCAACUUUCGCUCCUAUCUAUCUUUUUGGUCAUCGUCACUAAUUCGCUGGGCGAGCAACAAUGUCGACGAUUACCCAUAUCACUUCCUCGAAGCAGCUCUCCACCCUUCUGUCAGCUAAUAACGGCAAACUCGCCGUGAUCGACUUCCACGCUACAUGGUGCGGUCCAUGCCAUGCCAUCGCGCCGCGCUAUGAAGCGCUGAGCAAGCAAUAUACGGACGCUCUGUUCCUGAAGUGUGAUGUAGACGCAUGCAGGGAUGUCGCCAGGGAUUACAUGAUAACUGCUAUGCCUACGUUUGUCUUCCUCAAGAAUGGCCAAAAGGUUGCUACAGUACGUGGUGCUGACGUACGGGGUAUCGAAACCGCCCUCCGUCAACAUUCCCUCCCCUCGAGCGGAACUGCCUUCUCCGGUAAAGGCCAAACGCUCGGUGGACCGGAUGCCUCACCCACAGCAGCCCCGGACACCGCAUCCUCGCAAGCACCCGACCCAUGGGCGUGGUUCAACAACCUCGAUCCCCAAGUGCGAUUGUUUGGCGGGCUCAUCGCCGCAUACUUAGUAUUCUGGUGGUUCUUUAGCCCGAAGUCGUAGGUUCUGCUCAAGAAAUGCAGCGCACCCUCUCACCGCAUCUUGAUUCGUUUACUAAUGCUUUCGGAUUGUCCAAUCAAUUAUUUGUACUUCUUCCCC